AUGAAGCGGCGGAUCGAGCUGCGCGGUCUCGGGCGGACCACCAAGCUCAUUUGGUACGAAGGAACCUCGGAUCGCAUGCUCGAGGCCAGCGCCAAGACGCUACUGGGGCUACCUCUCGAGACGCGCAUCCUCUUGCGCGACCAUGACGGCGACACCGUGCCCGUCGCUGGCUGCCUGCCACCUGGCACGUACGACGUCGUCGUCUUUGACGCUGCACCGCCGCUGCCCGCGGACGAGCCGCUGCCCGUGGACGCGAUCGCGCUGCCAGACGAUGCGCCUCUAGCAGCGCCGCCUACGCUGCCGCUGUACCGCGCCGUUUUGGGCCACAAGCGGCAGCGCACGGCGUCGGUCUCGACGACCAUCGGUCACUUUAUCGAAGUCUUUACGGUGCCCAUUGCCGCCAACGACGUCAUCAACUUUGUGCCCAACCAUGGACCCUUUGCCCUCCAUAGCCUGUACUCGGCGCUCGUGCCCACCGAGUACGAUUCGCCCGACGCCACGUCCUUUUACAAGAUUGCGUCGUCGGCCGUCGUCCUCGAUCGACAGCGUGCGAUCCGGUACUAUGCGAUCCCGCCCUCGGACGUCGUGCUGCUGCCACCGGCCGGGAAAGGGCCCAUCUUGCGUGCCUACUUGACGACGUCCCGUCUACAAGCACUUUCGAUCGAGUCCAAGAUGCGUCUUCGCAGCCUCGCCGAGGUGCUCAAGCAGUCGCCCGACGAUCUUCUCGCAGCGUUUCAUCGCUUUCGCCGGCAGUUUACGCCCAUUUCCAAGGCGCAAUACACAAAAUUCCAGCAGUCGACGUCAUGACGCACAACAUACGUACUGCCAUCCUACCAACUGUGUUGCGACGAAUGAACGGAGUAUGUGCUGGCCAAAGGACGUG